UUGACAUUUAUGAUUUCUGUAACUGUUACCCGUGUUACAAUUUGGACUGUGUCUGUUUAAAUGGGCCCAGUGAACCAGUUUCCUUAGGCUGAACAUGGAUUUACGUAACUCAUCUCUUUCAAAUAGAUUGUACCUUUCUUUCCAGUGUAGACAGCCCUUGUGUUUUGCCAGUACAGCCUUUUGAUGUCUUUGGUCAGACAGACAGAAUACACACUAGGUACAGUGUGGUCCGUCCACACAGGGAGUUUCCAUUGGACGAUAUUUACCUAUAACUGUGCUGCCCUUACGUAUACGUGGCUACACAUCCAACUCAUAACUGUGGCAGUGUUUGGUCGAUAAUUUAACUGAAGAGACGUCACCGGUUCAUCUGAAAUCAGCACAGCCGUUCACAUAGCUAAAUAAAAUGGACCACGAGGAUGAUCUGGAUAUUUUGACAGCGCUGCUGGCUGAGAGCGAGGGCAUCGGAGUAGAAGAGGAGCAGACAGACGACUUGGACGGCCUGUUUGAUGACGACAAUGAUGAGGAGGAAGAGUACAAAGAUGGUGAUGAGCAGGAAGGGCAAGAGGUAGAGAGAGGAGACGUAGUAUCAGAUCUCUUCGGAGAUGUGGAAGACAUUCAAAGUGAAGAGAAAGACACUAAAGGAAAAGGUGGAGGAGAAGCAUGUAAGAGUCUGGACGUGUCCAGGGAGGAUUUACAAGAAGAGCUCAGGCGCAUGCAGGAGCAGAUGCAGCGGCUGCAGCAGCAGCUGGAAGCAAGCCAAAAAGUUUCUACCUCAUCUUCAACUCCAGUCUUGACUGCAGAGAGCUCAUCUGGCUCCAAACCAAUGACUCCCAAACUGUCCCAGAUGAAGCCAGCCGCUGCCACACAGAAGACCAGGACCCAAGCAGUAACAUCUUCAUCCACUCCAGUCAGAGAAAGAAGUGUGAAACUCCAGGAGUCCUCUGACUUUUUUGAUCAGCUCAACACUGCAGACUCCUUCAAGCGCAAACCCAGGGUAGCCCACCAUCCCAAAUCCAGCACAUCAGAAGACAGAGGGCCACUGGUGGAAAUAAAGAUCGGCAGCUCCUUCCAGCCAAUAGAAGCUACCAGCAAGGUUACCAAUCCUCUUUGUUCACCUCCAUCCUCUCAGAGCAGACCUGCAUCAGCUUCGUCAACAGGACAGCCUAAACCUGCCUCCCUUCCUCCUCUUCCUAAAGAUGUUGGUGUUGAAAAGUACUCAGGACUGCGGCUCAGAAAACCGCGUGUUUCAUCUAGCGAGAUGGACCAAAAGAUGGCAAAUCGCCGUCUGAUCCGCCUAUCACAGGUGCCGGAGCGCUUGGUUCGGGAAAAUCUGGAGGAUAGUGACUGGGUUACUUUUGCGGUGCUGGUCAGCAAGGCUACGCCACAAAGCAACAGCAGUGGCAAAACCUUCAGCAUCUGGAAACUGAGUGAUCUUCAUAACCUGGAAGUGUUUGUGUCGCUGCUGCUGUUUGGCGAAGUCCAUAAAGAGCACUGGAAGACUGAGCCAGGCACCGUCAUCGGCCUCCUCAACCCAAACCCCAUGAAGCAGAAAGACGGAUAUGACGGGGUGAGCCUGACGGUGGAUCACCCACAGAAGGUGUUGCUGAUGGGUGAAGCUCAGGACUAUGGCACCUGCAAGGCCAUGAAGAAGAACGGAGACCCCUGCUCUCAGAUCGUCAAUAUGUAUGAGUGCCAGUAUUGCCAGUAUCACGUGAAGGCCCAGUAUAAGAAGAUGAGCUCAAAGAGGGCAGAGCUACAGUCGUCAUUUUCUGGAAAAGCUCCCAACAAGGUGAAGGUGAAGGGCAGUGGUGGUGGCCUGAGAGAGCGUCUGUGUCAAGACGGUUUCUACUACGGUGGUGUGUCCUCAGCCGCCUGCGCCGCCUCACUAAGCGCCUCCAGACCCAACAAACCCACCCAGAAGACUCUGGACAAGCUGUUUGUGAAGGGAUCAGCUCAGCUUGUCCAGCAGGCCAAGACACUGGCUGUGCAGUCCGGUGAAGUUUCAGGUUGUUCAAAUGAAUUUAAGAGUCUGAUGUCGAUGCCAACACCUGGAGCUCUGCAACUGAGGAAGCACUUAACACAGAGCAGCCAAUCAGUCACCAAAGAUGCAGCUGGAGCGCCACUCCAGUCCAUCUCAGCUUCAGACCUGCUGAAGCAGCAGAAACAGAAGCAGCAGGAGUUUCUGCGAAACCGCCGACAGAGGGCAGAACAGAUCCAGAAGAGGGUACUGCAGGGCUCGGCUGGGCCCAAACCCGAGUCAUCAUCCUCACUGGGCCGGGACAAUCUGACUUCCCCCAAAGCGGCGUCUGAGGUCCCCAAGGCGACCCGAAGCCCUGCAGCACCCCACACUCCCACACUGGGCCGAGGCUUCUCUGAGGGGGAUGACAUCCUCUUCUUUGAGAACAGCCCACCACCGGUGCCUGCAGCCCGUGCUCUUAGCCUAUCAGCUGCCAAGCUGACUGCUCUGAAGAAGCUGAGAGCCAAAGGGGUGGGGCUUGAAAAGGAAGACCCCAACGCUGUUAAGAGGAAGAGGAGGAACAGUGCUGAGAUCAACGCCCGGGUGGAGAAGAGUCUCACCUCACCCAAAGGUGAAUCAUCCAGCAAUGAGGAAGAUGAACCGGCCCAGAAGAAGAAACGAGAUCAACUCCUUUACGUCCAGUCAGAGGAGUUUCAAAAGAUCCUCAACGCCAAAUCUCGCCACAUUGUUGUGCUACAGGCGGCGGAGUACCAGCUGCAGGAGCGCUACUUUGAUGUUUUAGUGAAGAAGGAGCAGAUGGAGGAGAAGAUGAGGAACAUCAGAGAGAUGAAGUGUCGCGCUGUUACAUGUAAAAAGUGUAAUUACACGUACUUUAAGCCUGCGGAUCGUUGCGUGGAGCAGAAUCACGACCUGCGGUGGCACGAUGCCAUGAAACGUUUCUUCAAAUGUCCCUGUGGACAGAGAGCCAUCGCUCUAGACAGGCUGCCCAACAAACACUGCACAAACUGUGGUCUGUUUAAAUGGGAGCGUGAUGGGAUGCUGAAGGAGAAAUCUGGACCAAAGAUCGGUAGGGAGCUUCUCCUGCCUCGAGGAGAGGAGCACGGCAAAUUCCUCAACAGCAUGAAGUGACGGCACCGAGCUGGUUGUUCGUUUUAGAAUCUUCCGUUUGUAUGAAUUAUGUUUUUAAAGGUUUUUUGUUUGUUUUUUACUAAUUAUGGAGAUUUGAAUGUCUGAUAAUAUUUGAUAUGCUGGAAAUAAGCUGAUUAAACUAAUAAUUUGCAACAUUUC